AUGCCUAGUUACACCAAGUUCCUAAAGGACAUCCUAUCAGACAAAUGUAAGGUACGGGGACAUGAGACAAUAAUGCUAACUGAAGAAUGCAGCAUGAGAAUUCAAAAGAAACUCCUACCAAAAUUGAAGAGUUUCCCAGAGAUCAUUGAAUCACUGAAUUCAGUGACCCCUGGGAAACUUUUGCAAAUUUCAGUGACCUCAUGGAAAUCAUCCAGGAGUUUUACUGUCCCUUGCACUAUUGGUGAAGUGUAUUUUGAUAAAGCUCUAUGUAACCUUGGUAUAAGUAUGAAUUUAAUGCCUUUGUCUGUUUUCAGAAAACUUGGAUUGGGAGUGGCCAAGGCUACCACUGUGACAUUGUAG